UAAAAGGGGGAAAAAAAAUGUAGCUUUUUAGUUGUUUAGAGCCAUUACGUUGUGGAAGGUUUCUCUCUUCGCUGCAGUAGGACAAAAUACGGCAGAUCUCUUUUCAGUGGAGAUGAUGUUUGCAUGGCAGGAAUCUUUUGUCUGGCUUAGUGUGUACAGUUAGCAACAGCACCAUUGAUACACUUGUGGUUGGUGUAGCAGGAAUCCUUUUUUAUUAGAAAGCCUUCUCAUUUAGACUGCAGUAUAUCAACAUCAGUUGAUGUUGAGUGCAACUUAGACAGCUGGAGUACACAUUGUACAUCCUUUUUUUUGAAGAAUUUGAAGUUUUCAGAGGUCUAGACAAACAGCAGAACAUCCACCAAAAAAAAGGCUUUCUUCCUACUUUAAUACAAUGAUAUGUGGUAUUUGUCCAAAGCAUGUUUCCCAUCCUGAAAGCUUACAGAUAAAAUCAGUCCAUCGUAAAACAUUUAACACAUGAUGGGAGCGUAGCACUGAAUUCUGAAGUGAUCUAUAUUGUACAACUCCAUUUGCCUCCCUGCCCCAUCCCCCUUGCCUCCCUGCAAUUAGACAGGUCCUGCUCUAAUACGGAGGAGGAGGAUGGAGUCGGCACAGGAACCUGGUUAAAGUGUAUUUGUCACUUUAACCAGGGAAAAAAAAACCCAAACCAACCAACAGAAAUUUGCAAAGCCACCCCCAUACAGUUUAGGAGAGGGUCACAUUUGUGACACAAUGAUACGGGUGCUGGGGUAUGAUUUAAGUGGAACAAAACCAAUCUCCAUUUCAGUUCUUGCCUAGAAGGUUUGGAAUCUGGGAACUGGCAUUUCUUUUAUGGUUUAAGCUUCUUGCCAGUGUAAGGCACAACUGAGAUAUGGAUGCAAUUUGUAACAGGGAGAGUGAGCUUGCCAGGAGCUAAAGUAACCUGUACUGAGCUUUGCUAGCAGGGUCUUCUUUCACUGUCAGCAAGUUGCACCUUUACUAGAAGUUUUUGCAGGAACAAACGCCUAUGAUCCUACUUUGAGAUAUCCUGGACUACAUUAAUAUGUCACCAGAAGACUGUGGUGUAAGACCAAGGUCCUGGAUGCUUCCCAGAAUUUUUUCAUUCCUGCAAUUCUUAGCUGCCAUCCAUCCAUGCAGACAUGUGUGCCUUUGCAAACCUCUCUUCAUAGUCUUAAUUUUGUUAUUUAGUUCUGUUAACUAAAACAGUGGCAUUUUUGAUCCACAUACAGACCCAUCUUAGAACUGUCAUUUCCAAGACAGUGGAGAUGCUAUUACUUUUCAACAGUUACUAUGAUUGAAAUAAUUCGUAGCAGCAUUUUAGAGUAGCAUAUGUUCUAUCUGCCAGGAAGGCCGCGAAGGGCAGACAAAACUUGUACCUAUUUGUGUCAGGAUAGAGGAAUUCAAACAGAUUUAGCGACUUUGAUUUAGCUAUCUAAGAAAUUUUGGUAGUGGACUCUUUUAUUUCACAGUAAAAGUAAUUACCAUGAGUAACACCUGUUUAUCAGAAAUGAGGAACUCUGUACAGAUGCAUGUAAAUAUCUUAUUUUGGAAGAGGGCCACCACACGUGGAGGAAUUACAUUAAGAAUAAUCUACCUAGCCCAGACUUAACUUUUAAUUGACAUGGUUCUGCCACUAAGAGUUUUAUACAAAGAAAAGAUUUCUGCUAAUGUUUUUAAGUCAUGCAGGGCCGGGGCAUAUAUAUGGCACUGCAACUGUGCUGCUGCGUGUACAGUCAUAUGUGCGUGACUGUGUGGUACAGAGUCCUACCGAGAAUACUGGAUGCUGAGAAAGUUACGUUACAUUUUUCAAUCCGACAUAGAAAUGACUGGCACAAAAGUCUGAAAUUAUAGACGUUCUUUAGUAAACUCUUGAGGGCUUCCAGCUAAAUUAUUGCAUAUACAUGGCCUUAUGUAGGCAUGCUUGGAAAGGGCUAAAUUGGUCACAUUUGUGUACAAGCAAGACUUAAGUUGUUUUGUGGUGCAGGGCAAGCUCCUUUGAAUCCUGUCUGCUAUCCCCUUUGUUAUUUGUGGAGGAAGUAGGCGCAGGCACUUUUAACCUGAAAUUAUCCUUUUCUAUUGCAAUCAGUCAUGAAUGGUUAGAUUCCUUUAAAUUCCCCCUCUGACAAGGCUAAUCCUGUCCUAAUCACAGCAUCCACGUGUAACCUCUUUGCCCUGUAUCCCAGAAACCAAUGAAUGGGAAAGCCAGUCAUUAAAAAUUAUAUCCAUAUUGCAGUUCUAUAGGGAUAGAGAAGAAUUAGUCAUACUCAAAUCUGUUUUCUCCUGUUUUUUUUCUCUUUUAUAUUCCAACUGAAAUGGGAGACUUUUCUUAAAAUAGUAUAAUGAAAACUGUAUCAGUGCAUUGAAAACAUUCUCUUAUUCAAAGCACAUACAGAAUUUAGAGUUUAAACAGUAGAAGUCUUUAGCCCUGCAAAGCCCUUCAUAUCUUUGUUUAAACAAAACUUAAUUUUUAAUUUUAUGUCUUGUUUGAACGUCCUACAUCUGGAAUUCUUCUUCUUCAUUUGGAAAAAGAAAACAAUUAGAUGUGCUUAAAGGAUGGUUAGCUUUGGCAAACACAGCUCAAAAGAGGUGGUGGAGGGAAGUGAAUCAGGCCCCGCUAUGUUCUUAGCAGGGUCACAUAAGCCAUGCCAAGAACAUAUGAGAUCAGUUGUAUUUGCUGACUUUGGUAUUCAAACUGUUGGCAGAAUAAUGCUUACAGAGUGCCGGUAUAAAUAAAAGAUAAGAGGUGAGUAAAGAAAAUGAAAGAUAUGUAGAACUUGGUGAGGCCAGGCAGCGUGUUUGUGGAAGUGUGGGAGACAUUCUCUGUGCAUCUUCUUUGUUCUUCCUUUCUCAACAAAGGGGACUUUUAAGCAUUGAUCCAUCUGCGUUUACUGCAACAGCAAAACAGCAGCUAUGCAGAAAGCUUGCAAGGAGUUAAGCAAGUGUCUCUUAAAGCCAUACAGAUGUUUCUGGAAUAAUAGCUUUGUAUACAAAACUGUAUUCAGUGGUAAUUGUGCAGCCUCCAAAUAAAUACAAAUGCUGAAUAAAUCUAGAUAAUCUACAUAAAUGAAGUAUUUAUUUGUAAGAUUAAAAAUUCUGUAAAGAGUGCAUACCUAAUCAGACAUAAGCUGGGCCUUAGAAAGUCUCCACUACUGAUAGUGUUGAAUCUGCUUUAUGAUCUGGGUAGCUCCCAACUCAGUAGGACAUUGCCACCACAGCAUCUGUCUUGAUUAAAAACAGCAAGCUUCUCCACUAAAUGUAAAACUUUGCUUUUACUGCAGUCAUUAAAAUACCUCCAAGAAGGAACACUUAAAUCACUCAGUCGUUAUGAAAAUGCACAUAUGAAUUACAACUUAUUUAAUGAAAAGUUAAGCAUCCGAGUUGCCUGAAUGGUUUUGUUACUUCAGUGUAUUUCGCAAAAAGUUGAUUCAAUACAGCAGAGAUGCUGGGAUUACAGGAGCUGCGACAUCAGAAGGGAACUUUACAGAGGUUUGGCAUUCUUGAGGUGCUUUUAAAUAAUCGCUCCAAUAAUUAUCUACCAACAGCCUUCAUCUAUUCAUUUUUAGGUUAAUGGAUUAGGGUCUCUGAAUAUUCAUUGACAUGAGGGGAGUGCACAUCAGACCAUUCAAAGACAUGGUUAAAUGAAUGGGUCCAUUCAAAUAUUCAAAGUGAAGGGGGUCUUAAAGUCUCUAGGAUGCCAUAUGCUUGCUAGUUUUGCAAUAUUGAGACAUGAAGUAGGAUAAAGAGGAACAAAACUGAGGAGAAAUUUACAGCAGAAAUAUUCUAAAACAUUUAAACACUCAUAAAGGCAACAUGAAGAACUCCUUCAUUGUACCAUUGCUGAAUAGAAUGGCAUGUGCUUCUUUCCCUACACCAAAAGUCUGGAUAUGGCAUUCAUUUUCAAUCACACAUACAAAAUGUGAAAUCACCUUAUUGCUUGGUGCUUUCUUGCUGCAGUUUAUUGAUACACUAUGGAACCCUGAAACUAAGACAACUGAAUCUUUACAGUUGUUAACUUUACUCUGUUAUCCCUGACAGUGGUGGAUGUGUUCAGAACAAAAUAACUUUAGAAGAUACUCAUUACAAAUCUUACUCUGUUUCUGCCAUUAAUGGUAGAAUAAGCUACGGCCCUUGAGUUUUCCAUUUUCUUUCUUUUGUUAUUUAUCAUUUGUCACCUUGCAAAACAAAUUGAGAAGUGUUUGCCUGUACUAGCUUACCAGUGCUUACAAAACAAAUUAAUUUAUAGGCUUCUUUAUUGUCAUUUCUUUUAGACAGCAGUCCUAGAAAAGGGCUCCAAGUUGCCAUACUGACAGCCGUUCUUGUUCACUGCCCAGGGCCGUACACUCAGAGGACAAUGAAUACACAGAAGACAGUUAAGUCCCCAAAUUCUGCAUAAACCAUCAUAAUCUAUGAUCCUGUGCAGGUGGCUGAAGGCAGUAAGUGUGACACCAAGUGGCUGAGCACACGUGGCAUGGCCGGGGCAGUAUCACACAGCCCUGAUGAGGAGUUUCUAAAGGAUUCCCAGGCAGCUGAAAGCAGCUGAAGAGACUGAAGUGCACAUAGUUGGGAGCUGCUGCCCAGUCGGGAAGCCCCAGUCUAGAUGUGCAGAAGGAAGCUCUUCAUCUUACAAACAUCACCAGUGUGCAACCUAUUCAACAUAGCGAGGGAAGCAGAAAACCAUGAAGUUAUGAAGGACUGAAGUCCCCCCAAGGAGAAUGAACAGAGCAGCUCUUUUGGAACCAAGCCUCAAUAUUUUGUUCACUCGCAAAUGCCUAGAAAAAUAAGUCAGAAAGUUUCUGCUAGUUGUGAAUGAGUGACAUUUCUCGUCAUAGCUUAACCUUUUCAGUAGGUGGUUCUCACUCUUAAGCCCUGAACUGUCAGUGAGCUUCUUGCCUUCCAUGUGGCCUAAGUCCCUUCAUUUGCAUUCGUGUUCCAGUAAAACCUGUUAACUUUCAGUUUUGCCCGCUCUGUAAAGGCAUUGCCCAUGGAAACUAGGAAAGGUAGUAAGUAGUUUUUAAAUAAUAAAGAAUUAGCUUUAAUUUUGUUUUGUAGCAUCAUCCUUAUUUAUAGACAAAUGAGAACUAGAAUUAAAAUCAUUUCAUUUUCUUGAUCACUUACAAGCUAAGCAAGAUAGCAGUGGGAUGUUAAAGCUAUAGGAACAUAAUUUAUGCAUUAUACAAUAAGCUGGUUUCUUGUGCUUCACUUCUGAAUUGAAUAACCUCACAGUUAAUAGGAUUACACAUUAUUGCAAGAACAAGAACAGGCCAGUCUUACAGAAGUGAGCGAGCCAGGAAAAGGAUAUUUUAAACAUAAAAUUGCACAGAUCAAAGUAGAACUCUCCUGUGACUUCCUCACCUCAAGGGCCUGUGUUCAACAGAACCGAUCCCAGUUCCCAACCAGUUGCGUAUACUACUGAAGGAAAAUGAACAUACUGAACAGCCACCACUUUUUGUAUUUUCUGCCUACCACACGCCUUGUCAUCUUAUUAGCAGCUUUGACAACUGCUAAGGAUGUGACUAACAGCACUUUCAACCACACUGACAUGAACAUGGGAUCUGUGCCUGUGGUGAUCUCCCGCAUCGACCAUGUUAUAGUCAAGGAGGGGAGUAGUGCCUUGAUCGACUGCAAUGUCCAAGGUAGUCCUAGUCCAUAUUACAGAUGGUACAAUUCCAACGGCCACCUUCUCCGAGAGGAGGAGAAUAAAGCAGGAAAAUGGUGGUUUCUUGACAAUGGGCUACUGAACAUUACCAGCGUGUCUUUUGAAGACAGAGGUAAAUACACAUGUGUCGCAUCUAAUACAUAUGGCAGUGUUAACAAUACUGUGACGCUGAGGGUUGUUUUUACCUCUGGUGAUAUGGGAAUCUAUUACAUGAUUGUCUGCCUUGUAGCUUUUACCAUUGUUAUGAUACUGAACAUUACUCGGUUAUGUAUGAUGAGCAGUCAUCUGAAGAAAACAGAGAAAGCAAUCAAUGAAUUCUUCAGAACAGAAGGGGCAGAGAAACUCCAGAAAGCCUUUGAGAUUGCAAAGCGUAUCCCAAUUAUCACUUCAGCCAAAACGCUCGAGCUUGCCAAAGUAACCCAGUUCAAGACCAUGGAAUUUGCUCGCUAUAUUGAAGAGCUUGCUCGGAGUGUACCUUUGCCACCUCUCAUCAUGAACUGCAGGACUAUAAUGGAAGAAAUUAUGGAGGUUGUUGGUCUGGAGGAGCAAGGACAGAAUUUCGUACGGCAGACAGCAGAAGGCCAGGAAACCACUGAUACAGAUGAGCUGUAUAUGAUUCCAAAUGCUUUGAAGCGUAGUGACUCUCCCACAGCUGACUCUGACGCAUCGUCACUGCACGAGCCACCUCAACAGAUUGCAAUAAAAGUGUCAGUUCACCCAUUGUCCAAAAAGGACUGCAUGGACGGUCAGUCACAAGAAAGCAUGCAGUUGGACACCAAGGAAGAAGACACUCCUCAAACACCAGCACUUCCUGCAGAGCCCCCUCCUGAGCCUUCUGCUGAACUCAGUUCUGAUGACACAGCAUUGGCAAAUGACAAAAAUACAUGCAUUAUAUAUGAAAGCCAUGUAUGAUAGUUACUCCUGAAUCUAUGCAUAGCAGGAAAAUCAGGUGGAGCUCUUUUAAAUAUACAUAUUGUACUUGCCGCUAAGCCUUACCUGGAGACUAUCAUAGCAAAAGCAUGUAUGUGGAUUAUUUGGCACUUUCUUCUCAGUUUGACUUUAGUUUACCAUGAUGUAUGGCAGAGUAAUUGCUAUUACAUUAAUAUUAAUUGCUCUUUUCGAUUAGGAGUAUUUCCAAGAAACAUUUACCUCAGCAAUUUCUAGGUUGGAGCCACCUGUAGUGGCCUCCUGGAAGUCAUUGGUAGUCUUUGAUGUAGGACACUUGAACUUACUAAACAUAAAACUGGUUUUCAUUUUCCUCCUUCACCCUCGUUAUUUCCAUCUAUUGCAUUUUUGCAAAUAUUAUCUUGUGAAUUUGAAAUAUUGCCCAAGAGGCAGCACUCCAGUAGCCAAAUAAAAUCCUAAUAGAUCCCAUUUACAAAGCCUGUUUGCUCAGCUGCAUUGUGAUUUAGAGGGCUAUUAAAGAAAGUUAAAAUGUUUCCAUUUCAUUUGAGACCACACUGCUUAGGCACAUGGGAAAUAGCUUUCCCUUUUCCAUGGAAUGAAGAUGCCAGUAAUUGUUUUUUUCACAUCAAGAAACAACUUUGAGGUGUAUUUUGCAGAUGGGAAAGCCCAUAAACUUCUUACAGAAGGUUCCAGUCCAACAGCCCUGCAGGGUUUUCUUGCAUAUAUUUGACCAUUUUUUACUUUGCCAGAAGUUUAUAUGGAAAACAGCAGCAAAUAUGCAAGAUGUCUUGUUUUGUAGUAAUUUGGUAGGAGUAAGUAUGCACUACCUUACCAGAAGAUAUGCAGGUUCCUUAACAGUCCUGCAAACACCUGUAAUCAGCUGAUGACAAGGCUGAAACGGCAGAAGAGCCUUUUAUUGGGAUUCUCAAUUUUGUGCAGAUUCAUAUUCUGAAGAUUAAUCCUAAAUUCAUCUAUAAGCAUAAGGUUGAGAGUGUUUCAUCCAAACUAAAAAAAAAAAAAAAAAAAAAUUAUAAUCAAGUGUCCUGUGAAAUUACAAUGACGAUCACACAAACUAUUUACUGUGUUAUAAUUGCUUUGGUAUUUUAAGAACCUCCUACCUAUGUAGGAAGUUCACUGCUUGAGUACAUGUGACUCUACCCCAGUAAAGCUUUAAUGAUCACAGCGAUUGUGGCAUUAAAAAGGAUCAACAUUUAUGCCAGGAAAUGCCAGGGGUGGAAGGGAAGUGAUAAUUUCUAUUGCAGACAGACAAUAAAAAGGACCUUCUCUGGAGUGAGUCUGGAAAGAAAGCACUUACAAGGAGGAAUUUGUGUAGGAUUAAUAGCAUAUUACUUAGUUACCUGACACACAUUUAAUUUGGAACUAAUGAACAACCUAUCACCUUGCAGUUUUUAAGAAGGAAUGUAAGUAUAGAUACUCAAAAUAAAUCUGGAAUCAGGUAUAUUGCAGAAAAAGAAGUCACUUAGGUCUAUGGGGAGACGAUGUGUGGAUGGCUCUCUGGACAUUUUAUUGACGUAGCCACAUCUACAUAAGGUGCCCAUUGGAGGCAAUCAGGUAUAUUAACUGCACAGGUAAUUGAGACCAAACAAAGUCAAUGUUGCAGCUAUCUAAAAAAACCCUUGAUAAUGAACUGAGAUCUUAUGUCAACUUCCUCAUGUUAAAGUGCAGAGAGCUUCCCUAGCAGUGUAAUACAGGAACAACCCAUGACUUAUGUAGGUGAUGCAGAGAAGGCUCCAUAUCCUUUCUAUGGUUAUUAAAAAAAAUACAUGUUUAAUAAUGGACUUCAGAUUUUACGACCAACUUGUGAAAAUGACAGCAUUUAGUUGCCUAAUAUUUGUUUGUGUUCACCACAGUGGCAGGCAUCUAUAUAAAAUGCAUUUGCACAUGCUCAAAAGGAAACAUGCAAGGGCAAAGUCCCUUUAGGAAUGUGGCUGGAAAUAUUUUAGUUCCAGCAAAGCAAUAUAAAUCUAGAACACAGGGUAGAUUAAGAGAAUACCAUAAAGAACCUCACUUCUGACCAGUGCGAUUGAAAAUACUACUGAUGUAAACUGUUAACUUCCUGUCUGAGUCCUAAGUACAUUUCUGUUUAGUCUUCACAUCAGUUUUUCAAGUUACUUAAUUUGCUUCUGGUGUGAAAAAGGACAAGGGCAGAAACAAAAGCAGGAACUUGCACUAAAUUCUUUUAAUUCACCUUAACCUCCUGAAAAGAGGGGGAUCUUGAUUUUUCUGCCUGUCCAGCAUUUACAAACAAUGCUCAUGCAUUCUAAAGUUACCUGCCUGGUGCCCAGCUAAGAUUACACAGAUGAGCAAGGAUGUUCUCCUUGAAAGCAUAAAAAUAACUUCUAAAUUACACUUUAAAAAAAAAAAGUUUCAAAUUUAUUUAUUAAACUACAGUAUUUUAAUUUUAAUUGUUUUUUAAUUACGAACUUUUUAGAGACGAGACCAGACCCCUUCAUGUAUUCAUGUGGUGAUUGGUACCAGGCAGUUCUGAUCCUGACUGCUGCCCUCAGAAUGGCCUCCAGCCUGUUUAUUAUUUAUUUAUUGAGAAACAUUUGAGAGCAAAUAAUCCCCAUGGUUUUCUUCAGUAUCUCUGUGUAAACUUCCUUGAAGAUACAGAUUAUGUUUUUUUUCCAAAGGUUGCCCACAAAGAGCAUGUAUUUGAAGUACACACAAACGUACAUUGCAAACCACGUAUGAGCGACAGUUAUUUGGAUUAGAUGCAUGUUAAUAGGUGUAGUGCUGAAUUCCUGCUGUUGCAAGGUCAAAGGGAACUUCGACUUUGCUGGAGCUGGACUCAGAGCUGAGAGUUCACAGGUAGGACUGGUCCAGCCAGUCUGCUAUACAUUCUUUGGACAUUUAGCUUUGUGGUAUUAUCAGAAUAAAAGCAAAACAGCACUGUAUCUGAAGAAAAUACAGAUUGUAAUGGUUCUGAUUUAUGGAUUUUUUUUCUGUUUUCAUGUAUGCUGCUCAGUAUCUUUAUGCAUCCAUUAUAUAACACCUGUAAGCCUAAAGCUUUUUAUGUGCUUUGAGGCACUUCCUUUGUGGGAGAUAGAUGGGAAGCAAGACCCAAACCCUUCUUUCCUGUUCCAAACUUUCUGGCUGUGCUGUUAUAAAGUAAACAAUUCUGUUUGUAAGUAUUUCUUAGGGAAUGGCUAUUUUAUGGUGCGAGAACAUAAUCAACAAGUUUAAAAUUAAUGAUGGCUCUAAGAAAACAUUAACAUUUGCACUGUUGUGUAUUUUCAUGCACCUUAAGCACUUCAGGGACAUUAGAGUGAUUUGCUCCCUUCAUUGGACUAUGCACAUCUUUUGUUACAUUGUUCUAUUUAUUAUAUCACCAAACACUAAUAGUUCUUAAAACACUCAGAGUCUAGAAAAUCAAGUCCAACUGUAUUUGUGAUCUAAAAGCAUAAGAAACACCAAGCCAGGCUUAGAAAGGAAGAGAGAUUUGCAGGAUAUAUUUACAUGAUUUUAAAAUAUUUUUGCCAAAACUUCAUGAAACAUGACUAGAUUUCUGCAGCACAAGAAAUCACUGUUGGAUUUGAAUUUCACACUUACUGUUCUUUUUUCACUAAAUGUAAGAGCAUAUUAAUCAGACCACUUGAACAUAGUACUCACUAUCUACUUACUCAACAUUUUCUUUCUGAGUAGCAUUGGUUUACUGAUGAUCCUUUUUUGCUCUCUGAUUUGAAUAUGCUUGUGAUGAAACCUACCCUUCAGUCAUAUUUUGAGAUUGUCAUUUAAAAAACUUUAGAAGCACCCAUAGAUCAGCAUUUUGAUUCAGGUUUAUUGGUAUUAGGAAAGGCACAGCAGUUCACUCCUGUGCUCAAAAAUUACUGUAUAAUCAUAAGACUUGCAGAAUGGCAUAUACAGGCAGAUGUUGAUUUUUUUAAAAUCAGUGCCUGUUUUAUUCUAAUGUACAUACUAUGUCAGUUCCUUGAUUUGCAGUUAUCCUUUGACAAAAGUACUGUAACUUAUAACCAGGGCUUUCUGAUGUUCAAUUUGGUUCAGAUCAACUAAUUCUGGAAAGUGUUAACAGUGUCAAAUUUUAAAAGUUCUCAUGGAAUAUCUUGGCAGCAUGCUAUUUUAAGAGUUGGCCUCUUAAGAAUGCCAUACUUAGUGGGACAACUGAAAGCUUCUUAGAUGCAAAGGAAAUGCUUGCACUAAAGUAUCUUAACUUAUAUUUCCUUUAUUAUGAAGUCCUUUUUGAUUUUACAAGAAAUGUAAGACAAAUAUGAAUGUGUUCUUUUGAGAAGCAAUUACUGUAUUUUGAUUUAAAUAACUGUUAUGCUUUUAUAGUUCACAGCCGUAAACCACAAAGAGACCAGUUCAUGCUGAAGUGGCAAAAUGAAAUGUGAUCCAGCUUGUAAAUUGAUCAUUGUUUCAAUAAAGAAUUUGCACAGAGUAUGCUGAGUUUGUACACACUCAACAAGAUGAUAAUUUCCUAGUAAGAGUAUGCCAUGUCUCCAGUUCAAGUGUAAGUGAACUAUGUCUCUCAUUGUACAUCUGCUAAUAUUCCAGAAACUUUGAUCAGGAGAAGGAGUUAUUUACCUAGAAAGGAAGUUUAAAUAAAACUCUGAAAGGGAGCUGUUGUCAUUAUUCAGAAUAUAGACCCAAUUGUUAGUCAGUGUUGUUAUCAAUAGCCUAGAUUGCUCAUGUAUGUAGCAUCUUUUUGGAAGUGUGUCAGCACUUCCACAUGUAAUCCAAAGGACUUUUUUGUCUGCUGUUUCCCCUCUGAGCCCUGUCACGGGGCCUUGCAAAAAGUCUUGCUGCUGUUUCAGAGUUGGGGCCAAUGAAGUAAAUGUCUUUUCUCCCAGAGGCACCGUAGUACCAAGACAAAAUAGAAGUGUGGGUUGCCAUACCCGCCCCCAUUCCUUCAUCCACCCUAAAAGGAUGAAGUGAAAUGGCUUUCCUGUCCCACAGCAGUUGGACUAUAUCACACCCUAACAGUCUUCAGCAGGACUUAGUUGAAGCAGACACUGUAAUACCUUGUCCUGGCUCUGUUGGUGCUACACAACUAGCAGCCAGUGGCAGUCACUGACAGAGAUGGAGCGGGGGGGACUUGCCCUUUCACACAUGAAAGACUUGCUCUUGCCAGCUGCCUGUUCUAAGCUGAAAAACAUAGCCAAUAGCAGGAAAACAAUAGCUAUUUCAUGUUUUAACUCUUCUGUUUGAAAGAGUGCUGCAAUUUUGAAAAAUAUUUUCAGAAACAUUUUUAUUCAACAGUUCAGUUGAGUUAAUGGGGCUGAGACUUCCACAAUUUAUCUACAAAUACCUAUGAAAAAUAGUGAAGAGGUCACAAACUGAUCAUAAAAAUGGAAUACAUAUGGCUAGAACCAUAUGCUAUUUUAUUGUUUCAGCAUGGGACCCUGUCUUGCAAUGGGGGCAGUUUGACAUGCUGUGACUUUUUUUUAUAUGGAACAGCAUCACUUCAGGAUGCUCCCCUCCAGCAUGCUGAACUCCUCCAACAGCUUUGUUGGAGCAUUUUUGAGGAAGGCAAGGUACCACCAACCAGUUGGUCCCAGUGAGCUAUGCUCCUGAACACUGUGAAACAGGCUGCCCCCAGCCCCAGUGCUUCUUACGAUGAGAAGAUGUUUAUCAUGCAGAGGAGGCUGCCUUACAUCAGUACUAUAGAGGCACUCCAAAACUAAAAGCUGCUGGUGGGUAGUAACUCCACAGAGACAGAUAUGGGGACAGUGGGAGGUCUCUGCUCUCCUACUAAGAUGAGCCAGGGAAAGCUGGUGCAUAGCUCAGGGCUAGUACCCCAGAUAUUUGCAGGACUACAGCACCACUUUCCCACAGCACUGGAUAUUUUCUAGCCCACAUCCUGCACUAGUGCCUGGAAUAACCUGCUAAGAGACUUGAGAAUCAGUUCCUUUUCAGUGUCCAUUUCUUCCAUCUCUUCCUUUCUCUGUCCUACCUUCCUGUGCUUUUUUCUGUCCCCACCAGCUCCACAGUGCUACUUCUCAAAUGAGAAGAGAGUGAAAUUAGUGGUCAGGACAAGUGUUUCUGCACUCCAGGCACCUCUGCGCCAAACUGACAUUUCAUAAGUCCCAAAAUGGACUUUUUUUUUCCCCAGCUGUACCAGGCUUUAAUUCUAUGUCCUAUAUUUAGCUUUCUGACUCCCAGGCCCAAACUGAGUCAUUAUACUCUUACAGUAAAGGCUGACUCGUGAAUCCAUGGUAUCAUGUAUAAGUCUAUAAAUUGGUCAAAGACAGUAAUAUAAACUGAAGCUAAGUUACCAAUUUCUUAGUCAAAAUCAGAAUGUAUGGCAGCAAACAAUAAAUGUGGCAGUGUUAGGACACUCAAGUUAUGUAACGAGAAGCUAUUUCAUACUACAACAAGACGAGACAAGAAAGAGAAAAAAUAACAGCCAGCCUUGUAUAGCGUGGAGAAUACAUGUAAAACCUUGCUUAUGAUUGACUAGAAAUUUAGCAUCAGUAUCAAAUCAGUUUGCCAUUCUAUAGCCACUUUAUAUUUUGAGAACAGAUUCCUGUUAUACCUACUCUAACCAGACCUUUCCUGUGUGGGCAGGCACCUUAGGCGUGGAAAGAGUACAAGAGGUAUCAGAAAGAGCCUUGUCUCCCAUCUACCAUUUUUUAAAUUAUUUUCAGGACUAUUUAGCUAUGCAUCAAAGGCCAACCACAGACUGCCACCCUGUCCUGUUGUGGAGCCACAGAGUUUAGGAGCUCCUGUUUGAGAUGCACAAGCUGGUCCUUCUGAAAUACCUCUGUCUUCUCUUGCAUAGCUUUUGAUUAUACCACCCAAUAAACCACUCAUAUUUAUUAAUGGCUCAGGCCCAGUCAUUCUGAAUUGAUAAUUACAGAGAAGAAAAAUAAAUGCUGCCACCACCUCCCUCUUUCUGAAGCCUCUUACUGUUUCUACCUCAAGAUCAGCCCUGACAGAUAGCUCCUGAGUUAUUUGGAUAUCCUGUAACUCCUUCCUGCUGGUGAACACUACCUUAGUCGGAAAGCAGGAUUCAAAAAAAAGUAUCAGCCAGAAAAAGAAGCUCCCUUCUAAGGAGACAAGCAUGGAUCCUGCCUGUUUAAAAUGCUUCAUUAUCCUUCCCUCUAAUACGUGCAGAGUAAACAGCCUCAGAAAAAGGCGGUAAAAAAUAGAAAUAAAUUUAAGAAGAUUAAAAUGGAAAUUUUUUCUCCUCACUCAAAAAACGUCCAGAGGUGAUUUAUCUUCAGAGUAUAUUAAAUUCUAACUCAUUUAAUCAUGUGUUCAUUUGUUUUUAAACAUACUCAAGCAGAGGAAAAGGACAUUCCUAAAAACAAUGAAAUUUUCACCCCCAACCCCAAAGUAAAUUAUCACAAAAAUAUGAAACAUAUUGCCCAGCCCUUCUCUCAGGAUACCUUUUAUCAGGGAGGAUAUUUCUAGUCCUUUUUAUGGUUCUGCUUAGGUGACCGCAGCUUCCUUAAGGGAUUGGUGGAAGUGAGUUUCUUUUCUGCUGUCUUCUUCUUGGUUAAACAUUCUCUACCCUGUGUGAUCUCUUCUUCGUGUAUAAAAAUCAAUAUUCCACUGAAGAUUUAUCUUCUUGCUUCCUUUCCCCAUUCCAUUUUGAUACCUUUUUUUUGUGUUUUGUUUUGCUGCUUGGAUUUUGUUUUGUUUGCCCUAAAAUUCCACACAUUUUAAAAUAAAUCAGAGGAUCCUAAUGUUUUUUCAGUUGCCUGUUUUGGGGCAGGAUCGCUCACACCCAUCUGUAUAAUCAAAUUUUAAUUAUGCAGAUGUACAAUUAACUACUCCCAGAUUGGUGCAGGAUGAACUAAUCAAUAGGCUGCAGCAGAUUUAUUUUGCAGAACAGCAUCAACAGAACAGGUAAAGCCAUAAUUCCCAAGAUACAAGUGAAAUGAGUGUCCUCAGGCAUAUAUGCGUCUAUGAAUAUGCUAUGUUCUUUUGUUUGUUCACUUCAGAAAAGUUAUAUAUGAUACAUCUCUGCCUUAAAUAACUUGUUUCUUUUUGCUUAGCUUCCCAUCAUGGAUGCAAUAGCACAUUUGCACUGUUCCUACACUUGUACAUCAGCUAUCCAUUAUCUGGAUUCAUUUAUCUUUUUCAUUGGAUAGCUUGCCAAGUGCAGGGGCCUCUCUAAAUUAGAUAUUUUUGAAGACACUGCAGACAGCUUGGUAAUACUAUGUAAAUGAUAUUAAUUUCAAAUGCAUUGAUAAAUGCUUUUUCACAUUUUUUAACUGAAAUGCUGUAUUUCUAUAUAGGCUGAUAUUUACAUGUUAAUGGCGUCUGUUUUUCUGUAUUCUUUUAACCAGAAACUCCCGUUUUUCAUAAGUGUGCAGUAAAAUGACAGUAAUCUGCUGCUGAAUAAAACUGCUUUUUGCAA